CGAGAGGGAUAUAUUGUGUGGGGGGUACGUUACAGUCACCCGAGUCCAACUCUGUCCUUUUUGGAAUUGGCAAGAAAAGAGGGGGCAGCUUGCACUCUGCAAGCUACCUGGGGGGGGACAAUUAAUUUUUUUUUUCCCUUAACGAAAAGAAUACGAUCCAACUCAAAGGGACUUUUUGUCUAAAAAAAAAAAAUCUAAUUCGAGAACAAACACACAGAAAAUGGCAGGGGCAAAUAAAGAAGGUGAUGGUGGCUGGAAGAAGUUUAUCUGGGAUUCGGAAAAGAAGGAAUUGUUGGGACGUACGGGCUCUAGCUGGUCCAAGAUCCUCUUGUUCUACUUCAUUUUCUAUGGCUUCCUGGCUGGUAUCUUCAUUGGAACCAUCCAGGCUCUUAUGAUGACCAUUAACAGCUAUAAGCCCACCUACCAGGACAGAGUUGCACCCCCAGGAUUAACACACACCCCUCGUUUAACCAAGACUGAAAUCUCCUUCAACCCAAAUGAAGAAGACUCUUACAGAGACUACAGAAUAGCCAUGAAUAACAUCCUGAAACAGUAUGAGGAAAAGACUCAAAUGGAUGACAUGAAGUUUGAAAACUGUGGUGAAAUCCCUUCAACCUACAUAAACCGGGGAGACUUAAAUGCAGAUCAAGGAACAAAAAAAGCCUGUCGUUUCAAAAGAUCUUGGCUUGGAAACUGCUCUGGCAUAGAUGACCCAAACUUCGGCUAUAAAUACGGCAAGCCUUGUAUGAUUGUCAAGCUGAACAGGAUUGUGAACUUCAGACCAAAGCCUCCAGCAACAAAUGAGAGCAUCCCAGAAGAAUUUCGUGACCGAGUGCAACCUAAUAUCAUCCCAGUUAUCUGCACUAACAGGAGAGAAGAGGAUGCCGGCAAGAUUGGGUUAAUCCAAUAUUAUGGCUUUGGUGGUGGCUUCCCUCUGCAGUACUAUCCGUAUUACGGAAAGCUGCUCCAUCCCCAGUACCUUCAGCCACUGGUGGCGAUCCAGUUCACCAACCUGACGUUGAACACUGAGCUGCGCAUUGAGUGCAAGGCUUACGGACAGAACAUCGAAUACCACGAAAAGGACCGCUUCCAGGGACGCUUUGAUAUAAAGAUUGAGAUUAAGAGCUGAUGAUUGCAGCCGCAAGCUGCGCCUUCUCUGCCACCUCCCCCAUUUCAAAAACCAACAAAAAAAAUUUAAAAAAAAAUUAAACACAACUAGUCUUGAACAAACUGUCAUAACAUACGGGACCUACACUUAAUCUGUAUGCUUUACACUAGCUUUUCUGCAUAUAUCUAGGGUUAGAAUGUAAAUUCUGGAAAAGAGUAGCAAUAGCGUGAAGUAUUUAUUCUACUGUAAAUGACAAUAUUCCUUGAGCCAUGGGACAUGUUCAUUUAUUACUGUAAAUUAUAAUUCCACUACUGAUGUAGCGAGCAGUGUUUCUGUCCCCUAAGUAUUGCUGCCUUGUGUGGUUUUAAAUAUUUUUGGAGUGUACAGUACUGUAGUCGCAAACAAUGGUCCUUUCCAAACCAUGUUGUAAUUUCUGUAUUUUCUUAUGUGAGCAAGCUUUAGCGGUCCAAGGUGUAUAUAUAUGUAUACUUACUAACUGAAAAUACUGGCAUGGUACGCUCUGAUCUUAGGUCCAUGUGUGAGAAAAUGACUGCACUCCGUGGAGCUCUAUACCUUCUUUGUGUGUCUUAGUGUUUGAUUGUGGGAGAAAUUUUACAUACUUAUUUUCUUUUCCAUCACUUAAAUGUGGGAUGAAAGAUUUAUUACACUUUUUUUGUUUGAGCCUUUUACUUUCUUCCAUUUAUGCUUCAUUUUGUUGUAGAUCUGUGUGGAAGGCCUGUCGGACUCUUACCUUUAUGGGUAAUGGUGUUAGAUCAGUGCUUUUUUUAUUUUAUUUUUGCUGGGGUGUCACAGACUGUGAUGCAUCUUUCUAACGAAUGUUUUAGCCAUUUUCAUGGUGGAAGAAUUUUAUAUUUAUGCAGUUGUACAAUUUUUUUCUGCAGGAAAAAGUGUAAUGUAUAAAAUACCAAAGUUGCUGGUUGAAAAUUAGUAGAAAUCUCUGAAGCAAUGAAGUACCCCCAUGUUAGAGGAUGUUUUGUUGGUGUUAAAAGUGCAAAGUAAAUGUUGAACAUCAAUACACUUGUCCGGAGUCCCUGUACUCUCGUCAUUUAUUUAAUCUGGUUAAAACUUUGGGAAAAAUAAAAAUUGAGAAUAGAAAA